AUGAAGCUUGCAUCUUCUAUCGCGCCGCCCUGGCUGGCACUUGGGCUAAGCUUGUCUGCUCUCAGCUUUGUAACGAAUGCUGUGCCGACCAACAGCGUCUCGCAAUCUCCAGCUGGAGUUCCCUCCCACUACAUCAGCGCCGAGCGUCUGACUCACUCGACCCCUCGACGUAUGGAUGGAUUCCAGCGCAUGCUCGAGCGUAGGUACAAAAAUCAGCAACAACGUUCUGCGGGUUUCAACCCGCAGCAAAGUCUAGAAAGCGGUAGCGAUGCCUUUCUUGGCCAAGCCUGGUCUGCCGUCCGUAACAGGCUCCCUUCGCAGCCGGGCAUCGGCUCGUUCCUGGCACAGUACGUAGAGUUCAUCACUGCCGACGCCAUUCCCGCCUUCAAGAGCAGCAAGCACAACAUCACGGAACCCGCGUACUACAGGCAGCCUCUGGAUCAUUUCAACAACACCACGCAGGCUCAAUUCGAUCAGCGCUUCUUCUACUCGACCCGCCACUACAAGCCUACUUCGGCUCGAAAGGGCGGCGAGGCCGUGCCCAUCUACAUCCUCGACAGCGGCGAGGCCGACGCCACAGCUCGCAUCCCAUUCCUCGAUACGGGCAUCCUGGACAUCCUCUCAGAAGCUACUGGAGGUAUCGGCAUCGUGCUCGAACACCGCUACUACGGUACGUCGCUGCCCAAUCGCUCCGACUUAGGGCCAGGCAGUGCUUGGGGGGUCGACCAGCUCCGAUGGCUGACCAACAAGCAGGCGCUUGAAGACUCGGCAGACUUCAUCCGACAUCUCAAUAUUCCCGGAACGGACAACACCGAGAAGCGCAAGAUUAUCUAUUAUGGCGGCAGCUAUCCAGGUGCGCGUUCGGCCCACAUGCGCUUGCUCUAUCCCGAGCUUGUCCAUGGAGCUAUUGCUUCGAGUGCCGUCGUUGCCGCCGUCGACGAGUUCCCCGAGUACUUCUACCCAGUUGCUCGUGGUGCACCUACCAAUUGUAGCCAAGUCAUCCAGGCGGCUAUCGCUGGCAUCGACCAGAUCAUUGCGCCGAACCCACUGACUGGCGGCAAUCAGCCUACCCGAGACGCCAACAAGACUCAGCAGCUGCUUGAGCUCUUUGGUCUCGAGGGUCUCACCAACCUCGGCGACCUAGCCAACCUCAACACGUCUCCUCUCGGCGCGUUCCAGAGUCUCAACUGGGAUCCCGCCGUCACCUCGACCGAGUUUGACGAGUUCUGCAAUGUCUUGACGACCUACGGUGCGGACGGCAAGUAUGAGCACGACUCAGUCAGUGCUCGCCUCGAAUCGCAGGGCUUGCAAGUGUCCCGAGAGGUUCAUGCUUACGCCCAGUACAUGCGAACCUACUACGUCCAGCCUUGCACUCAAGGUGAGGACGGCGAGGCGGGCGCCAGUGCGAAUGAAUGCUUCGGGACUGACUUUGAUGCUUUUGCCAACGAGACAAAGCUCAGCGCUGGUCGUGCGUGGACGUUCCAGUACUGCUCAACAUGGGGCUACAUCAUGACGGCGCCACCCGUGCCUCAAUAUCUGUCUACGCCCGAUGGCAAGAGUAAGUACUUUGUCUCUUCGGGUCCCAAGCUCGUCUCGACCCUUCUCGAUUAUGCGUAUGCACACGAGAUCUGCGAGAAGGGAUUCCCCGCGGGGCAGUAUUUCACCAUGCCUGACCGUCCGGACAUUGACGAAGUCAACAAGUUGGGCAACUUCCACCUCUCCGUCGACAGGCUUGCCUUCAUCGAUGGACAGUACGACCCCUGGAGACCGGCCACGGUGCACAGCGAAGAGUUCGCCUACGGUGGCGACCGGGCCGACACGAUUCAGAGGCCGUUCAAGCUCAUCCCGGAUUGCUGGCAUCAUUGCGAUGAGAAUGGCAUCAAAGAUGAAAGCAAGACGCCGGAGCGGGUAAGGCUGAUCCACGAGCAGGAGGUCGAGUUUGUCAAGGCUUGGUUGAAGGAGGAUUGA